CUGACCACACAGAUCAGUUCAUACAAAGAAAGGAGGGAACAGAAAAAAGAAAACACUGACAAAAUGAGGGCUGUGUGUGUUUGGUUAUAUGUGGUCCUCUGGAUGGGAAGCCCUGGAAGGAUAGCUGCAGGUUCGGGACAGAGACUCAAUGAUUCCUCACUUUUGGGAGAGAGGAUAUUUUCCUACAAGGAACAUUUACUUAAUGUUUCGGCACAGAUGGAUAACCGCACUUCGGGCUUUUUCCUCCUGGACUUUGACGAGGGGAUGCUGGAGGACUGGCGCUCUCUGGCCAGUAAGAAGCGCCGCGGCGGGGAGUCUCAGGAGGGGAGCGUGAAGGUGCUGCUGGUGGCCGCCUACUCUUUGAUCAUCGUGAUCUCCCUGUUCGGGAACACACUGGUGUGCCAUGUGCUGGUGAAAAACAAGCGCAACCAGUCCGCCACCAGCUUGUUUAUCAUGAACCUCGCCGUGGCUGACAUCUUCAUCACUGUCCUCAACACGCCUUUCACUUUGGUCCGAUUCGUGAACAGCACCUGGGUGUUUGGGAGGACAAUGUGUCAUAUCAGCCGCUUUGUGCAGUACUGCUCCCUGCACGUCUCCACUCUCACACUGACUGCCAUCGCACUGGACCGACGACAGGUGAUCUUACAUCCUUUGAGACCUCGCAUGUCCCUAGCUCAAGGUGGCGUUUGGGUUGCUGUUAUCUGGAUAAUGGCCACCUGCUUUUCCCUCCCACACGCAAUCUACCAAAAACUCCUGACUUUUACAUACAGUAAGGAGAAGGAGCGCAGCCUGUGUGUCCCAGACUUCCCAGAGCCAUCAGAUGUCUACUGGCAGUAUAUUGACCUCCUGACCUUCAUAUUACUGUACAUGCUGCCACUCCUUAUCAUCACUGCCUCCUACACCACAGUGGCCUGUCGGCUGUGGCGCCACAAUGCCAUCGGUGACACCACAACAGCUCAGCAUGCCACGCAGAGAAGAAAGCGCCGGCGGACAUUGGCCAUGCUGCUCCUGGUGGUCGGGGUGUUCGCUGUCUGCUGGUUCCCCCUCAACUGCUAUGUGGUGCUGCUGUCCAGCCAGGCCAUCCACUCCUCCAACGCCUUGUACUUCUGCUUUCACUGGUUAGCUAUGAGCUCCACCUGUUACAACCCUUUCAUCUACUGCUGCCUGAAUCCCACCUUCCGCCAGGAGCUCCGGCUCCUCUUUGACAUGUGCAGGAGGAGACAGAGGGCUGUGGUAGGGCUGGAGCCUGAGCUCCGUCCUGCAGCCAUCUGCGCUCCUCGUCACAGGACUGCCUGGCCAGACAACCAUGAAUUCUCGAGGCCAAGGCAUGAUUUACCAGACCCGGGCCACGCCUCUUCACAGCAGAGCCACGCUUCUUCCAGUCAGUCCCACAACCUGAAAGAUACACAUGUGCUGUUCACUGCCAGGCAGGUGCUCACAGGGAGAACUGACAUCCUCUCAGUGGAGCCCAUCGUGGCUGUGAGCUGACUGGAAAAACUACAUAUGCCAAAUCGUGGUGGGGAAGGCAUCAGUAUUUGAGAUUCUUAAUCCUAUUUCAGGAUUUCAUCAUGUUCCAAAGAGGACAGGAAAUCUGAAAAUCUCACUACUGUAUUGCUGGACCUACACAGGAUUUUAGUAACGAGAGGAGAUGGCGUUUUGUGAUGGCUUCAAAUUGGAAGAAAUUGUGAUGUUGUCCCAUUAGGAACUGUAAUCAACUGUGGCAUUUUCUGUUUCCACACUACUUUUCACACUUUUUUGGUUCAUUGUCUGUCAAGAAUUCAGAUCUCAUCCCCUAAAAAACUGACAAAACAAUCUCACCGCAGGGUCCAUUUAACAGCUGCAGCUGUAGCUUUCAAUCAUAUCACACAAUCUUCCUACAUCAGGAAUUGUAGAUUUUCAAAUUUCCACUUUUUUUGCAGCACUUUAAGGACACCUUCAUGUUGGCUUGACAACUGAAAUUGACAUUUUCAUCCUUGGAAACAGCAGUUGAUAAAUCAGUCGCGUCACAAGGUCCAUGUAGUAGAAGUAGUAGCCCUGGAGCUUUUGAUCAAUUUAAAAAAAAAUUGCCUUAGUGCUGUUGCAGCAUUCGUAAGAUGUAAGAUUUUUGUUCAUUUGUCAUGAUGAAUUCAUUAUAAAGCUCCUUUGACUGCAGUUUCUCAAUGCUGUAUUCUUAGAAAAAUAACUCAACAGUCCAUCAGGCUACACAACAGAAUCUGGUCCUUCACAGACCAGCAUGACUGUCGGAGUAGCAACAAAGUCCUAUCAUCCUCCAGAAUCUCCCUGAAACUGUCUAAAAAGGAGUGUAUCAGCAGGUUUGAUUUUACUUCAGUUUACCAUUCUGCCGACAGAGACAGCGUCUCAGUGGAUGUAUGAACAUGUUGUGAAUGAAAUCAUGUUCACAUUGAUCCACAGGCGACUUCAACCCCGUCUUACUGUUCGUACAUUUUUUCUGCUCCUCCUUGUUUCACUGUCAUCCAGCCAGAGGGCUUGUGGAGUAUACACAGAAAAAAAUAUUGAUUUUAUGUCUCUAUUUUGUGGGCUUAAAUACUGUCAUUUUGAAAAAGAAAAAGAGAGAAAUUGAAAAGGAAAAAACAUGUUUUCCUUUUGAAAGAGUGACAGAGAAAGUUCAGGGCCCAUCUCCACUGCAACAUCCUGCCUUUACAUCACAUUACUGGUCUGAAUAACAUGAAGCCCAAUGAAACUUGGAUGGUGGUCACCCCAGUGUUGAAAGCAAAACUCUCGUAGCCUAUUAUCUUUUUUCAAAUGAGGGAAAAUUAUAUCAGCUGAUUAUCAAAAACUUGCUUGUGUUACUGUGUUUACACAUAUUCAUUGAAUAGUUUUUUGUGGAAUUUCCUCAUGACAGUUGAAAAUAAAGAAUGAAAAAUAUAUAUUAUAUAAUGUAUAUUAUCAGCUUUUAGGGGACAUUAUUGUGCUCCAGCAUUUUUAAAUGAAAUGGAAAUAAGACACUUCAGUCUUUCUCUCAGGCUCUUCACAAUCACGCCUAACAUAGCAUUUACACAAUCAUGCAGUAAAAGCAAAAAUGACAGUGAAAUUACUGAAACUAUAUUAUUGUGAAUGUUCUGUGUUUCUUGUGAACAAACUGGAUUUUUAUGUCUAAGAAACUGAAAAUAGUAAAGUGUGUGUACAUGUGCCUGUGGGUUGUACAUGUUUUGUAAAAGCAUUUUUAUCAUCGUAACUAAUGAAUCAGUUGCCUUCUUUUUGGUUCAUUUGUGCCCUCAAGUGCAACACACAAUCAUCUGUUAAGGUAGUUUCAUCUCCCACAGGUAAUGAUUCAGGAAUGUGAAUGAUACUAUGUGUGCUCGCCUUUGUCUUAAAGUAUUUGUGAUUUGUAAUAUUUUUGCUGUCUUUUGUGAUUGUUUGCCUCCCCGGUACCACAUCUGCAAGA